AUGGGUAAAAAUCGAUAUAAUAAUAGACGACAUCCAUCAGUUAUGUUGGAUGCUGGCUAUGUAUCAAUACGAGCAAUUGAUAUAUGUAGGUCAUCAAAAAUAAUUGGUUUACAUGGGAAAAAAUUAUUUUGUGUUAUUUUAACAGUAUUUAUUCUUUUUUUAAUUAGUUUUAUAAAUUUAACAUGUCUCAUAGUAAUUAUGUAUAAACUUGAUUGGACACCAUUUCAUAAAAAUGGUUCAAAAGUAUUUCGAUUUGAUAAAAUAAAUCAAAAUAUCGAAUUAUAUAAUCAAGUAACAUUUAACGAAGCAAUUUAUACAACGAAAAUUAAAGAUUCAUCACAAAUUGAUUUAGCAUCUAAUGAUCAGAUUGAUAUUUAUGGUGAUCAUAAUUCAAUUUUAUUUGAUGAUGAUCAAAUAUUAAUGAAUACAGAAUAUUUUCAUAUGAAUCAUAAGUUAUUAGUCGAUUUUAGUAAUCUUCAUUUAUUUAAAUUUGAUGAUAAAAAAAAUACAAAAAUACAUCUUGAUCAUACCAAUUCACAAUACAUCUACAGUAAAGAAUUAAAUCUUACUGCACAAAAUCAUUUAACAAUUUCCAAGGUGAAUAAAGUAUUAUUUUCUGGUGAAAAUUUAGUCAUAAAUACAAAUAGACAUAAUCGACGAUCAGUUAUACGUUUUGAUAAUAAUCCAAGGAAGUUAAAAAAUUCUGAUUAUCGACAGAAAUCUUCAUUUGGAAAUUUAAAUUUUCAAUCAGAUUCACUAUAUUUUGAUAUACCACGAUCAUCAUACGAAGAAAAUCCUCGUCGGAUUAAAGCAAAUGUCUAUCGUAUAUGCAUUUGUAAUACAACACUUUUACUUUUACAGAGCUUUGCUCAUCAGCCAUGUCCUCUCUGUUAA